AUGUGGAAUGUUUUGAUAAUUACUUUAGUGCCGCCUGCUGGAGGUCAGAGCAAUAUCCAAUUUGGUGAAGUGCCUGUGAUCAAGACAGCAAGGAAGAUACAUAACCAGAAAUUUGCUGAGCUGACUGGCAAUGACAUCUUCAAAGGCGAUGUUCCUCGAGGGUGUUCUGAAAAGCCUCUGAGCAUGGCUAAGCUCAAGGAAAUGAGUGGCAGUAAUAUAUUUGCUGAUGAAAAGGUGGAAUCCAAAGACUAUUUGGGUGGCAUCCGCAAGCCCCCAGGUGGUGAGAGCAGCAUUGCCUUGGUUUAG